AUGAAGUUCCCGGCGCCUCUGGGCCUGCUAGCCUCUGGGAGCGUCUUUCUAUCUCACGGAUCACGAGUUUCUGCAUUCCUUGUGCAAGACGAUCUUUAUGCCCACGCUAUAGGACUCAUGCAGGCAUCGCCUUUGCUGGAUACCCACGUCGACUUACCUCAGGUACUACGGAGUCUCAGUCGCAAUCCCCUCGACGUCAUUCCAGAACUUGAAACCCGGAUCCCGGGGCAUGUCGACAUCCCUAGGAUGAGGGAAGGCAGACUGGGUGGUGCCUUUUUUACCGUUUGGGCCCCAUGUCCCGACACCUUGGGUCUGGAUCCGGGGAAGGAUUUCCUCGGGAGGACAGAUAGCCUGCGAGAUGCAUUAGAAGUCCUCGAUCUGAUUAAAAACAUGAUCAAGCAGCACCCAGAUCACUUAAAAUAUGCCUACUCAUCAGCCGAUAUCAAGACUGCGUUUGAGAACGGCAAAAUUGCUUCAUUGAUAGCAUUUGCUUCUUCAAAUGGGGGAGGUGGACCCAUGCGACCAGCGUACCCUGGCAACGGGCUUUCAGACUUGGGACGGCAACUUGUCUUGGAAUUGAACAGACUUGGCGUCAUGGUUGACCUGGCACAUACAUCCGACGCAACAAUGAAAGAGGUCAUUGCCAUAUCCAAAGCACCUGUCGUAUGGACACAUGCCGGAGCACGAGCGAUCCUAGAUCAUCCUCGCAAUGUACCAGAUGAUAUCUUGCAACUCAUCGGUGAUGGGGCCGGCAAAAAUCGCGGAAUCAUCCUUUCAGUGUUCUACCCACACUUUAUCGGACCUAUAGACACAGCGAACGUGUCACAUGUGGCAGACCAUAUUGAACACAUUGCAGGUAUCGUUGGCAGGAAUCACGUCGGAAUAGCCUCUGACUUCGACGGCAUGUACACGACAGUGAAAGGGCUUGAAGAUGCCAGCAAAUACCCAAACCUGAUUGUCGAACUCCUUGAUCGUGGAUGGACAGAUGGUGAAAUCAAGGCCGUAAUGGGAGAGAACCUUAUGAGAGUGAUGGAUGAGGUAGAUGCCACGAAACGACAGCUGGAGCGUGAACUCCCCUCCUCAGCGAUAUACGAGAAGAGAACUGAUCUACCUGCGCCGUGGGCUGGUGCCGACUCUGUGUAUUGGCCCUAUGAGGUCCAAGCGACGGUGGCAAAGUUGUUCCCGAAGCAUGAUGAAUUGUGA